AUGAAUUUUACGCCAAGUAGAAAAAAUGUAACUUUAGAAAAACUCAUAAGACCCUCUUACAAUCACGAUUUACAACUGUAUCGUGAAAUUCCUGAUAUCAGUAUUAAUUUGGAUGAGUUUGAAGAAUGGGCCAUUGAAAGACUAAAGGUUUUACAAAUAUUGGAACAAUUGAGUUUGAAAGGAAACACAAGUAAUUAUGAGGAUUUUACUAAAUCUGUGGUUCACGAAAUAAAGAAAGAAGGAUUAAAACACAUGCAUAAAUUGAUAAACGGUGGCAUUUAUAAGGAUUACAAUGAAAACUGUGAUGUGAGAAAAAGAGAUUUAUGUUCACAUUUCAUUCUUCGAUUAGUUUAUUGUAAAAGUGACGAGUUACGAAAAUGGUUCAUCAACAGGGAAAUCGAAUUAUUCAAAUUACGUUGGUCACUACUUUCAAAAAGUGAUAAACUAAAAUUUUUAUCAUUGAACAACACUAAUUAUUCAGCUGUUAGUGAAGAAGAAUAUCAAACAAUGGCUGAUAGUAUGGGAUCCUUGGCUACAACUGGAAAUAAUAAUGAGUAUUUUAAAGUCCGCUGGACACAAGUUUUGGAUUUAGUUCGUAAUAGAAAAGUUUACCUCCGUGAUGGAUUUGCUUAUGUUAUACAAACAGAUGUUUUCUCCGGUGUUUGCCAAACAUUUCGGUCAGAACUUUCUCAAGAAUUAGUAAAAUGUUUUCAAAAAUUCAGUAUUAUUAGUGAAGAUGAACGGUUUGGUGCUUUUAUAAAAUAUUUGCAUCAGUCCUAUAUGGGAAAAAAUUACUCCGUUACAGAAAACAUGUCUACUUUAUCUAUUAAUACUAUUGAUCAUUCUUCAAAGUCAUUUCCUCUAUGUAUGAAACGGUUGCAUGUAAUUUUGAGGAGUGAACAUCAUUUGAAACAUCAAGCUCGUCAACAGUAUGGUUUAUUUUUAAAAGGAGCCGGAUUACCGCUUGAACAAGCGUUGGUAUUAUGGAGAUCAGAAUUUACUAAGAAAAUGGAUGCAGAUAAAUUUGAUAAACAAUAUAGCUAUAAUAUAAGACAUAAUUAUGGCAAAGAAGGAAAGAAAGUAAACUAUACACCGUACAGCUGUAUUAAAAUAAUUAUGGGUGCAGUGGGUUUGGAUGAAUGUCACGGGUGUCCAUAUAAACAUACUAAUAGUCAAGCAUUAAAGCAAUUACUUGAGACUUCUAACAUUUCAACUCAAAGUAUUCAAGAAAUUUUAAAUCUGUCUCAAAAUGGACAUUAUCAAAUUGCUUGUACAAAAUAUUUUGAAGCACAUAAUGGUGUAUCACCUUCUUGCACAGCUAUCAACCAUCCAAAUCAAUUCUUUGAAGAAAGUCAAAAGUUGAAAGGAUUCAAUAUCGAAUCUAAUAUCAAUAAUUCUCAAGUAAAUGAAUCGUCGGUGAUAGACGAUAUUGAAAAUAUUGAAUUUGAUCAAACAAUGGGCGAUUUUGUUGACAAAAUGGAUGAAUGA